CUAGAAGCAACGCGACACUCUGGUCACGUGUUAUGACCGAGUAGGACGGCCAUCUUCCCUAAAACACAAACAACAAGAGCGUACUAGACAUCAACACGCAACGACCAUUGGAGAGGGAGAGAGAGCAAAACCCAGUAAAAACGGAACACGAUUCUCGAGGAGGAGCACAGAACACAAACAACUGCACAUGCAUCCCAAGUGAAGAUCGUCGAGUUUGACGGGGCGACCGGACAGUUACAUCGCAUCGACAGCUCCAGAAACACGAUAAAGGAGGGAGAGGGAUUGUCGGCGUGAGGAGGGGGUCACCAGCUGGGACCUGGUCCAUACAGCAUUGCCAGUACAACAGAAAGAGUUAGAAAGACACACACAAAUAGAGAAAGAGAGAAGCUUAUCGGGGUCAUAACUGCUUCUGGUAGCUGUAUUAUCAAAAGGUUCGUCUCUUCUUUUUUUCCGUCUCUUUGUCUGUUUCCUGUAGUCGAUCGACUUUAGACGUCAGUAUCAAAGCUCUGCAGUUUUUGCAGUCCGACAGGUAUUACUCAUUUUAGGGGGGUUUGAUUUCUUUUUUUUUUUCUUUUUCUUUUUUGUUUCCAUUUGCUUUUAUUUGUUUGUUUUCAUCGGCUGUGAACAAGAGAGCUCUUACCGUGUCUGACCUUUUGUAUUUGUGCUCUCCUGCGCACACACACCCUGAAUAAGGCAGCUAUAACCCUGCUUUCUCUUAAGUUGGCUACUUUGAAACGCACACACACACACACACACCUUUCAGCCCUCUCACCCAGACCUGGUCCAGCCUAGUCUUGCCUGCGCCACUCCCCCGGACAGGACUUUCACCUCUGAGAAGGAAGGAAGAAUAUGACUGCUGAAACACUUAACUUUGGCCCAGAAUGGCUCCGUGCACUUUCCAGUGGAGGCAGUGUGUCUUCCCCUCCUGCCUCUCCUGCUAUGCCAAAGUACAAGUUGGCCGAGUACCGUUAUGGCCGAGAGGAGAUGCUAGCACUUUAUGUCAAAGACAACAAGGUCCCUGAAGAAAUGCAGGAUAAAGAGUUUGCUGCUAUUCUGCAGGAUGAGCCUCAGCUGCCACUGGCACUGUUGCCUCUCACUGAAGAGGAGCAGAGGAACUUCUCCAUGUCUGUCAACAGUGUGGCUGUGCUGAGGCUUAUGGGCAAGGGGGGCGGGGCCGCCCCUGCUGGGGUGAACCGAGGCAGAGGCAGUGUGAGAGGCGGUCGAGGUCGAGGAAGAGGAGAGGGCGGUUUCUACCAAAGAAGCAGUGAGGAAGGAGAGGGCGGUUUUGGUCGUAGCGUUCGAGAGAUCCAUCGCAGCCAGAGCUGGGAUGACAGAAGUGAGAGACGUUUUGAGAAACCUCUGCGGAGGGAAGGUGUGCGUCUGGGUUUCGAGGAGGUGGGUGCGGGUGCCAGAAAGGAGUUCAUGCGCUCUGACAGUGACAACUGGCGCACGCUGAGAGAGGAGCAGGAGGAGGAGGACACAGGAGAGCCUGGUGGCAGCUGGAGACUCACCGGCGCACGAAGAGAUGAUGGUGGUCCUCGCUCCGCCGGUUGGCGCGAACACACUGGUCCGGGUGAAGUUCGCCGCAGGAAGUUUGACUUCGACUUCCGGGAUGGAGGGAGCGAGGGAGGCAGACGGAGAGCAGGCAGUGAAGGAGCAGAGGAGGAGAGAGAUGGUCUGCCAGAGUGGUGCACAGAUGAGGAAGAUGGAGAAAUGGGAACUUUUGAUUCUUCUGGAGCGUUUAUGUCCAUUAAGAGGGGCCCGAAAGACCCCAUUCCAGAAGAGGAGUUUGAUUUCCAGGGGUUGGAGGAUGAGGAAGAGGAAGGUGCUAAUCAAGAGAAGAAAAAUGGCGCUGGUGCUGAAAAAAGCGAGAAAGAUGUCAUUGACUCUGCUCCAGUGUCUGAAACUGAAGUGAAACCGGUUUCUCCUUCCCCUCCUUCUCCUCUCCCUCAGUCUCUUCCUGCUCCGGUCUCUGAGGCUGUGCCCUCUGCUGCCCCCUCUGGCCCGGAGGAGCCUCAGCCUGCCCCCUCCAUUCCCAACAAGCUACCAAGUGAAGUGUUAUCAGAGGCCAUGCUAGAUUUGAGCCCCAGUGCCUCCUCCAGUCUGCCUUCAUCGCCUCCCUCUUCGUCCUCUGCUGCUACUGACCUCCCACCACCGGGGGGUGAUAUUGAGGAUGAUGAGGGCAUGAAGCACCUGCAACAGGAGGCAGAGAAGAUGGUGGCAGCGCUCCAGGACACAUCUCUGGAGGAAGAGUGUUUCACCCAGACCCUUCAGGAGAGCAGAAACACGGCCUCUGCUCUUCCUCUCUCCCAUGACUCUGCCAUGAAAUGGUUUUACAAAGACCCACAAGGAGAGAUUCAGGGUCCUUUCAGUACAGUGGAGAUGUGUGAAUGGUUUCAGGCGGGGUAUUUCGCCAUGAACCUGCUUGUUAAACGUGGUUGUGAUGAGGGAUUUCAGCCUCUGGGAGAAGUCAUUAAGAUGUGGGGGCGUGUGCCUUUCGCCCCUGGCCCCUCCCCUCCGCCCCUCCUGGUGAGGAAGCAAGCCGACCUUCGCCCUCACCCACCCCGGGGGCCAAUCGGUAAUAUGGAUCAGGAGCGGCUGAAGAAGCAGCAGGAAUUAGCUGCUGCCACGGCUCUUUACCAGCAACUCCAGCAACAGCAGCUGUUCCAGCUCAUCAACAGGUGUGGAGAGCAGGGUAUGAUGCCUUCGUUAAACAGGUCGAUGUCAGUGCCAGAUACAGGGUCCAUGUGGGACAUGCAUACCUCAGCCUCACAGCCAGCAGGCGGUGAGGCCAGUCUAUGGGACUUAAUGAAUUCUUCAACUCAGGGUCCAAUUCUAGAACAGCUUCAGAAGCUACAUGAGAGAAGAGAAGCUGAACUCAGGGCCAAGCGUGAGGAAGAUGAGAGAAAACGGAGGGAUGAAAAAAGGCGAGAAGAGCAGAAAAGGAGAGAGGAGGAGGAGCUUUACAGGCGCAAACAGCAGCAGGAUUUGCUGAUGAAGUUGCUCCAGCAGGCUCCGCGCCAGGGUUCCUCGGGCUCCGGGUCGAGCUGGAGCGGAGGAUCCAUCCCUGGGCUGGGAAAGCAGACCAAGCCCCUCAACCUCCUGGAUGUCCAGCAGGAGGCUGAAAGAAUGCACAAGCAACAGCACAGAGUCCAACAGCAGCAGAGGUGGAGUGAUGCCUCUUCGUUGUGGGGAGCGGCUGGAUCUUUGGAAGCAAAGGUGGGUGGUGGCAGCCCCUCUGGAGGAGGGAUGGGAGUCUGGGAUGAGGCCCUCAAGAACCAGAGCACACUUCGCAACAACAUGGGGCUGAAGAACAGCCGCAGCAGUCCCUCACUGAGUGAGCAGUACAUGAUGAGAGGCCGUAAACACACUGAGGAGGAGGAGCGGCUGUUGAAGCUCCUGCAGGGGAUGAAGUCUCAGGAUGGCUUCACCACCUGGUGUGAACAGAUGCUGCAUGCGCUCAACACCUCCGCCAAUAACUCCUCCUCUUCCCAGGACGUGCCUACCAUUGUGGCGUACCUGAAGGAGGUGGAGUCCCCGUAUGAGGUGUUGAACUUUAUCUGCUCCUACCUGGGCGACACUGUCGAAGCCAAAGAGUUCGCCAGACAGUUCCUGGAGCGCCGUGCCAAACAGAAAGCUAACCACCAGAGACAGCAGCAGCAGCUCUCCAAAGAGAUGGCUGGACUUAGCAUGAACAACUUCCCUCUGCAGGAGACUGCACGUGGAAUGAACCCCAGUGCCCUGCAGUCAGUGUUUUCUGGGAAGGGGGGUGUGGUCUAUGAUCAGGCAGCAAAGCUGAAGAAGAAACAGCCCAUGAUGCUGCACUCUGACCCGAGCAUCUUAGGGUACUCAUUCCAUGGUGGCUCUGAUCGGUAUGGUCUAAACGAGAUGGAGAUGGUGGAGGAUUACUGAAUCCACAGCAAUAGCUACACGAGGCCUUUAAACCCGCGGGUCCACCUAAUCAGACUCCGCAAGUCGAAUGUGCACUGCUUUGAGGGAGAGGGGUUUGGGGAUAAGCCAGGAGUAAGGUAUCAGUUUAGGGUGGGUUGGUGGGUGGGUUUUGCGCUGGGAAUAGAAGAAUGUAAUUCAACAGGGAAGGGGAACAGGUGUGAAUUUAUUUUUGUGUGUGUGUUUUCGGGGGAUGGGGGGGGUGAUAAAGUUCUGGCACUUACAGCAUUAAGCACCUUACACUCAGACUAAUGCACUUUAUUAAGAUAGAGGUUUUUUUCCUUUUUUCUUUUUUGAGAAGAUUUACUUGUAUAUUUAUGUGGUAUGCUUCAGAAAUGUUACCACAUAUAUAUAUACUGUGUGUGUGUGUGUGUUGAAUCAGAACUGGAGUUUGUGCUGGGAGGAAAUGGUGGCGAUUGGGGGACCAUUGCGUGUUUCAGUUCAGACAUUAUCAGAAAAACAAAUCCUCUCUUUAAAGACAAACACUGUUGUUUUUUUUAUAUACAUAUAUAUAUAUAUAUAAAGUUUUUAUUAAAAAACACAAAGCUAUUAUAAAAAAAACUUUGAUUAUAAAACUUGAAGAUUUGCACUCACAUAAAAUGCAAGUUAAAAAGAAAAAAAAAAUGCGUUAGAUAUAAUAGAGAUGAAUAUUUUUGUGAUUGUGUGCCUGUGUGUGUAUGUCUAUACACGCAUGUUUGCUCGAGACGAAUGGGAGUGUGUGUGUGCGAGCGUGAGCGUUUAAAACAUACCAGUCUGCACAAUGUAUUUUUUUUAAAUCGCUUACUUAGACGUAUGAUCAAAACAGGCCAUUUCGUCAUUCAGAGUGAUUUUCUUUUCUUUUUUAUGAACCGAAUGCGUGAAUGUGAAUGCUUGUGUGCAAGAGGAGCCGUGUGUAUUACUCCUCUUGUAAAUGUUUAGUAUGUGAGUGAAUGAAUGAAAGAAAGAAAGACAGAGAGAGGGGGGCAACGGCACAACACAUCCUCUUUCACCAGCCCUUCAAUUCCCCAACAAAGAAAGACCUCUAGAUUCAAACACAAAAGCUUUAGCCCAUUUUACGCCAACCAGCACUCUUUAGUUUUUAUGGUAGGGAGUGCAAGAGACGUCUUUUCCUGCCUCCGCUGCCUCAUCUUUGCCUCUGUGAGGUUUAAGGACAUGUCAUUAGCAUCAUUGUUUUGUUUGUGUGUUGUUGAAGAGCUCAAUCUUGUAUACCUUUAGGAAAUGGUUACUUGUGGUACAUGCGUUGCGUCGCGUGUGUGUGUGUGUGUGUCUGUGGUUUUUUUCUGUCACCACAUGUGUGCCUAAGAUCUAAAGGGCGAAUGAUUAGACUUCAUUGCUGCCAUUGAGACAUUAUUUUUUUAGCAAAGGGGCGUGGUUUCCUUUGGAAGGCUCCGCCCCCACAUGCCUCCCAUGCUUAUGAACCAAGAGCCUAUCUCUGUACAGUUCUAUUGUAGCCUGGGGAUGCUUGGAUGAAAAAUGUUUGCUAUUUGGAGGAUGUGACCUAACAUUGCCUUUCUGUCCACUCUUGCUCUCGAGUGACUGAGGUUUUGACUAUUUCUGGCUGAAAAAAAAAAAAAAGAUCGCAACAAACUGUGCAAGUGCACUCAGCGGUGCACAAAAUGUUUGUAUAUUUUGUUACUUGUUCAUUGUUGUUGUCGACGACAAUGAUGGUGAUUUAUUUUUUCUUUUAAUGUUAUAUAUGAUUAUAUAUGAAUCUAUGAAUAGAAACAAAGUAUUGGACUACAAAAGGAAGAGCACUUGGGGCUGCUACUUUUUUUUUUCAUUUAGAAAAGUUUCCUUGGAUUUUUUUUUAGUUGCCACCAUGUGAAGUGCAUUUGUGUACUUUUUUCUUUCCUUCUUAAAAAAAAAAAAAAAAAAAAAAAAAAAAAAUUGUUGAAUGUAUUCCACAAAUGUAACGGUGUAGAUGGAGUUGCUCAACACGGGAUAUUAAAGCGUAAUCAGCGGGACAUCACCAGGAGCGAAAUCGAAAAGGCUACCACAAAAACACACUGCCUCUACAAUCCUGUUCAUACAGACUUUGACUAUGAAAAGAUAUUCUAUUCCAUACUGGAGUUUUGGUUGUUUACAAACCGCACAGACAUUUGUGGGUGCUUUUUUCCCCCUUUGUUUUUGUGGAGAUUGAAUAUGCGAUUCUGCAGUUGAGAAUCAUUUUGUCGGGGAGACUUUAAUGGCAUGACGUCAGACCCUUCCUUUGCAUGUGGAUAUGAGUGCAGCCUAUAUAACUUGCUGACUGAAACAAACUUGGAUCGCUGGAACACAAGUAACGGAAUUACAUCAAAGAUUUCUUCAUGUACCUUUAUCUUACGGACUGGGUGUGCUUUGAAGAAUCAUAAAGGCGACCAUAUUUGUUUACCGAACUUCUGUUCGUUUGUUUACCUUUGACUAAUCUUUCUUUGUAAUGGAAUCAAAUUGAUCAUCAAGACAGAAUAAAUGCUUUAUGUACCUGGAAAGAAGGCAAAAAUCAAGACGGCACAGAUGACCUCUUGGUACUGUAAGAUGCAUAUUGAAUGCUUAAACGUUUUCCCUUUUACCCAAUCAUUUUUUGGCUUGUGGAUUACUUCGGAUGGACGUAUCUGUGAUGGGUGUUGAUGAGAAGAACAACAAAAGAGCAUAUGUGUUUUUUUUUUUCCCCUCCCCUCCUUCUCUGAGGGGUGUCAUGGCCAUCAUCUUCAUAAAGUUGACAAAGGGACUAGCACUGCCCUGAUACCCUCACUAUGCACUUUUCCUUUGCUUAAAACUGUGAGGAACUUUCACUCGGGCUCGGAGAGCGCAGACAGAACGCAAGACGCCCGCUUUCUGUCAGCAGAUGGACGCUUCGAGGGAUUUUGACGCCCUUGCAUGAAACUCAUUUUCCUUACGGUGGUUGUGUCUCAGUCUGCUCGAGAACGCCACCAAGCAAGCUUUACCGUAAAUGGAUAAGGGAAGUUUCAGACACAUUAGGACUUGUGGAAAAAUCCUUGGAAUUUUCCCGUGGAGGAUUUUCACUGAACAAUGUUGAUAUUUAAGACUAUACAUAUAGUCUCCAAACUUGGUUACAAUGUGGAGAUUCAGAACAGAUUUACUCAACAGUGUUCUCCGUUAUGUAAAAAGGAUUAAACUGCUUGGUCCAGGGUGCUAGCCAUGGCAAAAAGGUUUUUUUUUUUUUAUUUUUUUUUUUUUUUUUGUGGACUGGAAUUGAUUAUUUCGUAGAUGACUGAAAAUACUUUAAAAAAGAAAAAGAAAAAAAAAAGACUUGAGGAGAGUUUUUUUUGCAUUGGAGAGAAAGAACCAAUAAGCUCCAUCAGCUCUAUCGCCACCUGCUGACUGCAUGGCUGAAGUUCACCUUUACCUUGAAGUAGUUACUGUUCUACAACACCGUCUGUUUGAUCUUUGCUGUUCCAGAUCUUCAGAUGAAAUACGGAGGCUCUCCAGUGCUUCGUGUUGCGUCUCCAGCUCCCUUUAAUUCCUGUCCUCAUCCUUUAGAGAAAGAUCCCAAGGUCAGGAAUUUCAAACGGCACGUGAAAUGAUGACUGCGUGACAAGGACUAAAAGCCCCGGAGGAAGUGGAGGCCUGCAGUUUCAUUGCACCGUAUUCGGACUACUCAGAGGAACGUGUUUCCCUGCUAGGAGGAGGGAGUGAACCGUGAAUGCUGGAACAGCGAACUAUGAGAUCUCCAACCUGCACAGAAUAGUUCUGCUCGAGAGCAGCCAGGGUCAAACACCGCACACACAUUAAUAACUGAAAUACACCUGCAUACACACACAUCCAAAAAAGGAACUGUUGAUCUCACACACACACACACACACACACACACACACACAGACAUGGCUUAACACAGUUCUACUAAACUUCAUCUCUGGCUGCCAUGUAAAUAAUGUAUAUAACCCUUUUUCCUUUCUCUGUUUGGUUUCAGAUUUGUUUGAUUUUUUUUCUUUUUCUUCUCUUUUAUGACAUGCCUUAACAGUUCAGUUUUGCCUAUUAAGGCACACUUAAGAUGAGUAAAACAAAAAAAGUGUUAACAGUCAGCGAGACUAGCUCCGUGACGUAAUAGCGUGUGAUUUUAUUUAAGAAACCCUUGACACAUUAUGAACCUGCGAAAUGAUUUAUAUAACAUUACAAAUGAUCCCCACAAAAGAUGUGUGAUUAAUUCUUGGUUGUAACUGGACGAGUGCGAUGAUACACCCUAAUGUUAAAAAGCUUUGCAUUUUCAGUACUCGGAGCAAAAACGUUUCCAGGUCAGAAUUGUGUGUCAAAUGUCUUGAUUUUUGAGCUCAAAAUAGACGUGGCUGUGUUGAAGUACUUUCACUAACACAUGCGUGAGUGUCAGCUUCAGCUGUUACUGAGAUGAAGAUCAGAAAGAGGAUGGGAUUUGAUGGUGGAGGUGCUGCACAUGUCACUCUCCGAGUGCGUUGUUGCCCUUUUAAGAUGAUUAAUCGUGUAAUGUUGCAGGUCAGAUUAAUGUCUUUACUGGUAUGCAAAAAUCCAUGUUUUAAAAUGAUGAUAAAAAAUACACAUUUCUCAUAUUUAUUGAUUCAGUGAGUGAUGCAACAAUACCUUUUUGACUGGCACAGAGCUGUGUGUUCAUGUUAAAGUGAUCAACUGAAUAGUAGCGACACUGACUGAUUCUAAAUCAUAAGAUCUUAUACUAGUCAUCUUUAUUACUACACGCAUCCGAGGUGGAUGUCUUCUGAGAUAUCCAGAGAUACAACAAUUCAAGAAAGGCCACAAGAAACCAUUUUGACAAUAAUGUUUGAAAAUUCAUUAUGUAAAUAGUUUUUGGGGUUUCUGGUUUGUUUGAAGAAAAACAAUAAAUACUUCAGAAAGAAGCA